AGAUCGAGUUCCGCUAAAAAAAACAAAUCUCAGGUGAACGCCACGCUACCUUGCUCAUAUCUGCGCCUCACUUGUCCCUAGGAGCGCGGGAGGAGACGAGAAGGAGGCGCCACGCAGGGAUCAUUCAACGGCGGCGCGCAGGUUGUGCUGUGAGCUCUCCUGGCCUACUGAAUAUUGCUAGCUGCUGUGGUCAAUUGAAGGUCAAAUCCAAUUCUUCCAGCUGAAUAUGUGCAUCCCAACAGAGCCUUAUGAUUUUACUUGUUUCUUCCACCACAAAUCCUCACAGCAAAUUCUCAGUCCAAAAGGAACUAUGGCUCGUUGCUCCCCGCCGCUGCUGUGCCGUUUCUUCUGCUGCGCUGCCAAAUCCACCUCAGCCACUGCUGCUGCUGCCAGCGCCAAGAAGAACAUCGUCUUCUUGGGAUCCCCACAGGUUGCUGCCUCGGUCCUGGACACGUUGCUGGCUGCGUCUGGCUCCCCUGACUCCAUAUUCCAGGUCGCUGCCAUCGUGACGCAGCCGCCGGCCUCCAAGAAUAGGGGAAGGAAGCUGAUGCCGUCGGCCGUCGCGCAGCUCGCUCUCGACCGAGGGUUCCCUCAUGACCUCAUCUUCACUCCCGAGCGCACAGGGGAGGAGUCCUUUCUGUCUGACUUGAAGGAAGUGAGACCAGAGCUUUGCAUUACUGCUGCUUAUGGCAACAUUUUACCUCAAAGGUUUCUUGAUAUCCCACCAUAUGGUACGGUGAAUAUACACCCAAGUUUGUUACCUCUAUAUCGUGGUGCAGCUCCUGUGCAGAGGGCAUUGCAGGAUGGUGUUUCAGAAACAGGUGUUUCCCUUGCAUAUACUGUUCGUGCCUUGGAUGCAGGUCCAGUGAUUGCUUGCGAAAGGUUUUCUGUCGAUGACUGCAUCAAGGCACCAGAGCUGCUUUCUAUGUUAUUCAAUAUAGGGUCCAAACUACUCCUUCACGAACUACCAUCUGUUCUUGAUGGCUCAGCUAAGCAAAAGGCAAAACCACAGGAUGACUCCAAAGCUACAUUAGCACCCAAGAUGAAUUCUGAGGAGUCAUGGCUGACAUUUGAUGAAGAAGCUAAAGUUCUCCAUAACAAGGUGCGAGCAUUUGCAGGGUGGCCAGGAACUCGAGCAAAAUUGCAACUCAUGAACCAAAAGGGCGAACCCGAUGUUCUAGACAUCAAGGUUAUCAGUACAAAGGUUUCCACAUCCUCUGAUAAAACCGGAGAUGAAAACGAGAUACUAUUCUCGGGGAACUCGCUGCUCAUUCCUUGCAGUCAGUCAACUUGGCUCGAGGUCUUGGAGCUUCAGCUAGCUGGAAAGAAGGUAACUACGGCUCGGGACUUCUGGAAUGGUCUACGUGGUCAGAAGCUGUUGAAAUCACCAUAGAGGGGAAAUCUACAUUGACAUCUCAACAUGUGCAAAGGAUGCAGAGCAAGGCAAAUCUAUGUCGUGCUUGCUGCAUGGUUUACACAAAUUUUGUGGUACUAUCGGCGGCCUAGAGAAUUUUGCAGGGGAGUGUUACUAAGCCAAAUACCUAUUUCCCAAAUUUAGGUAAAGAGAGCAUAAUGUGUUUUUCUAACAGAAGCAUAAUCUGUUUCUUAGCAGAAGCAUGUGUUCUUAAUAUCUGAAGAAUUUUCUUGUGAGUGAUACUGACAUGAAAGGAUGCUAAGUUUGAGGAUUUGAUUACUAUU